GACAGGCCAAAGAUUUAUCCUUUAAGGAAAGCAAAUCCUAGCACCAAAAGAACAAACCCUAACCUAAGAACUUAGUGAGAUUUAAACAUUUUUUUGUCAUUGUGAUGGAUAAGAGGGAUCUAGAAAGAGAGUUUCACAUGACAGGAGGAGCUGGGAAAACUAGUUAUGCCAGAAACUCUUCCCUCCAGAAGAAAGCAUCUGAUGAGGCAAAACACAUAACACUAGAGACUCUGCAACAACUCUACAAAGAGACAAAACCAAAAAGUUUAGGAAUAGCUGACCUGGGAUGUUCUUCAGGACCAAACACUCUUUCCACCAUUAGAGACAUGAUCAAAGCCGUCGAAUUUGCUCACCAACGGGAGAUCCCAGGCCAGCCUUUGCCCGAAUUCAGCAUCUUCCUUAACGAUCUCCCCGGAAAUGACUUCAACUCCAUAUUCAAGUCCUUGCCUGACUUUCACAUAGAGCUGAAGAGAAAUACCAAAACUAAUGGUGAUUGCCCUUUAGUUUUCAUUGCAGCCUACCCUGGAUCAUUCUAUGGACGGCUCUUCCCUGAAAAAACCAUCCACUUUAUUUAUUCUUCUUACAGCUUACACUGGCUUUCCAAGGUUCCUCCGUCUAUAUAUGAUCACGAGCAAGGCAAGUCCAUAAACAAAGGUUGUGUUAGUAUCUGCUCCUCGAGCCCUGAAGCUGUUUCCAAAGCUUACUACAGUCAGUUCAAGGAAGAUUUCUCCAUUUUCCUCCGGCUUCGAUCAAAAGAGCUGGUUACUGAAGGCAGAAUGGUGCUCAUCAUACUUGGAAGAGAAGGUGUUGAUCACGUUGACAGAGGGAACUCUUUCUUCUGGGAACUUCUCGCAAGAUCCAUAGCGAAUCUUGUAGCACAGGGAGAAACUGAGGAAGAGAAGCUCGAUUCCUACGAGAUGCACUUUUACGCCCCGAGUGCAGCUGAGAUAGAAGAAGAAGUGAAGAAAGAAGGGUCUUUCGAAUUAGAGAGGUUAGAGAUGUUAGAAGUGGACAAGGAGAAAGGCAACGAGGAUGGUAUCACUUACGGUGAGGCGGUUGCAAAGACGGUAAGAGCGGUUCAAGAAUCAAUGCUUGUUCAACACUUUGGGGAAGAGAUUCUUGACAAGCUGUUUGAUACAUAUGGUCGAAUGGUUGACGAAGAGUUGGCUAAGGAAGACAUAAGACCCAUCACGUUUGUUGUUGUCCUAAGAAGGAAGCUCUGAAGCUUUGGAACUAUAUAUGAAACUGUACCAGAAUAACAAGGAAACAGAAUCAAAUCUA